AUGGCAAGAAGUUUCGAAAGCAAGUAUAAAUUGUCUAACACAUUUGAAAGCCGCCAGAAAGAGGCGCUAAAGGUGCGGGAGAGGCAUCCAGACCGCCUGCCUAUCAUAUGUGAAAAGGUGGAUGAUUCAAGUAUUCGUGACUUGGACAAGGGGAAGUUUCUCGUCCCUGCAGACUUAACAGUGGGACAAUUCAUGAUGGUCUUGCGAAAACGCGUUCAAAUGGACGCAGAGGAGGCAAUCUUUGUCUUCAUCAACGGCUCGGUUCCACCUUCCACGGCGCAAAUAUCUGAUCUGUACGCGCACCACAAGGACGAAGACGGGUUUUUGUACAUCAAAUACUCUGGGGAGGCAACAUUUGGAUGA